AUGUUUGGCUUCAACCUCAGCUAUCAGUGGCUUUACUUUACCCGACCUUCGGGUCCUCCGUCCCCUGUCCCUGAGGGCCUUGAGCGUCACUGGGUAGACACACCCCAGGGCCAAAUCGAAGUCCUAUCCAACAACCCCUCGAUCACCGACAGAACAGAUGGCCCUCCCGUAGUCUUCUGCCAUGGAGGAAUGGGCUGCGCUUGGGUAUGGACCGAAUACAUGCAAUAUUUGGCCGCCCGUGGCGUUCCGUGCUAUGCUGUUUCUCUGCGCGGUCAUGGGGAUUCAUGGCACCCCUCAUACUUUCGCAUGGUCUUUGCAACACCUCGAAGUGCUUUGGCUUCUGAUCUAGUUGCGGUGAUUGACUGGGUGGAGAUCCGUGAAAAGAGCGAGGUGAUGCUUGUUGGACACUCGAGUGGUGGAGGAUUGAGCCAGGGCAUUCUUAGCGAUGGCCUGGCCAAUGUGAAAGCCCUUGCGUUACUGGGUGCUGUUCCAGGGUUUGGAUCAAUGGGCGUAUAUGUGAAUUGGUGGAAAAUGGAUCCUUGGUUCACUGUUCGAAUGAUUUUCCAUCUCUGGCACUCUAACUCACCUCUCUCCCACCCAAAACUCACACAACGUGCCUUCUUUGGCGACAAGUUCCCUCUCUCGGCCGUUGUAGCAUUCCAGCGCCACAUGAAUCGCUACGAGGCUUACCUAUGGCCCUUUAGUAUGAUGUACUCGUUCACGUCUGCAUCGACUAUUCUGAAGCACAUCCGCAACGACGGAGCGAGCGAUGAAAAGAUUCUCGUCAUGGCAGGCACUCAGGACAAGCUGAUGACAGAGAAAGUGUCCCAAGAGACAGCGAGGUAUUAUCGUGAAGCCGGGACUGGGAAUCGUGACGGUGUAAUAUUGCGCUUUGUUGAAGGUGCUGGACAUCACUUGCAGAAUGAUGUGCAGUGGGAAGAUGGUGCUGAGAAGCUGUUUGAGUUUUAUCAAGGCAUUGCUUGA